AUGACUGAGGAGAAAGCAAAUCUAAUAAAUGAACAACUAAGCAAUGUGAAUUCAUUAAUACGCCGGAGAUUAAAUAACCUUUCGUCAGCAAUCAGUAAUCGUUUAUGGUUAAACGCUCAUACGAAUUAUGAAUGUGAUGUUCUAUUAACAUUUCCGACGCGAGUCGACGAUUAUGGUCUUGUUUGGUUUCUGGAACAAUUACUUCAACUAGCUUCCGAUAUUCGUAUAUCGAUCAAAUAUCAUUUCACGACUGGUGAAGAUAUUUUCUUUUGUUUUGGUGUUUAUGGAUUUUAUGUGACAUUUACUUACAAAAGACUUCUUCAAGGUGCUCAUGAGAUUCAAUUGCAAAAGCCGAUUAAACAAGAAUUCGGUGGUGGCUAUAAAAUAUUCAUAUUUGACGAACUCGAAUUCUAUGAUGGCGUGGAAGACGAACAGCAAUUUCUCACAACGCAAGAACGACAAUCCAUUGUUCGGCAUCUUCUGUACUCGAUCAGAAUCAUUCAAAAUCAAGAAAUUCUCGGAAUUAAAUUUAAAAUAAAUCAUUCGCUGAUACAACGUGCCUUGGAGAAAGGACUUAUUCGUCAAGUGCUUCCAUUGCAUAAUAAAGAUACAUUGAAUCACCUUCGUGAAACAUGGGUUUGGCCUCAAGCAUUCUUCAAACGACAACCAAUUGGUAAAUAUCAUCUAACAUUCCUUUCUUGCCUCAUGAAACUUCUUCUCAACAUUUCCAGAAGAUAUUCGGCAAUAUUUCGGUGUGAAAAUUGCCUUCUAUUUCUGUUGGAUAAGUUUCUACACAAAAGCACUCUGUCUUCCAGCAUUUUACGGUAUUCUUAUUUGGUUUUUCACUGGUCGCAGUCAGGUUAG